CUCGAUCAAUUGGCAUCCCGACUAAACCUUCUCCUCUUCUCUCUUCUAUCUUCUGCGCGUUCAGUCAGUGGCCGGUCUGUGCAUAUUGAUCGGCAGCCAUGGCUCGUCGCAUCGCUGCUGCGGUUGCACUGGUCGUGGCCGUCGCGGCCUGCUGCCAGCUGCUGUGCGCCGACGGCGGCGGCGUCGAUGGCGUCGUGACUCUGCUGGAGAGCUGCGACGGGACCGCGUCGACGCUGGGGCAGUGCUGGGCGGGCGACGAGCUGGCCAGGAAGCCCGCCGCCAGGUACAUCAGCUACGCCGCGCUGCGGGCCGACCAGAUCCCGUGCAACAAGCGCGGGCAGUCCUACUACCACGACUGCGGCUCCCAGGGGAAGGCGGUGAACCCCUACACCCGAGGCUGCUCCGCCAUCACCCGAUGCGCACGCAACAUGAACUGAUCCAUCCAUCCAUCGGUCAUGGUCCAUGGAUAACUGUACGCUGACAUUCAUAUCGGUGUGGACUGUGUCACUGACUCACUGUGGACCGAUGCGCAUCGACUGGACGUCUCUCAUCUCCAGCGUAAUUAACUAGUACUCAUAGUCACCUAGUACGUGCGUAUGCUCACGCGUUCAGUAAUUUCGCUCGCUAAAUCUGUGACUGCGUGACUUCUUUUUUUCCUUUGAGAAACUGUGUAUGUGACUCUGUGUGAGUGUGACUCAUGUAUGUAGCAGCGAAAUAAUGUCAAAGCAAGUGCCUCUGUUGGUGAUUA